AUGGGUAAAAAGAGAGUUGGUGCUUUGGAGAAGGUUGAUGCGGAUCUUCCAAAUUUACAAUACAAGAUUCGAAGAGAUCCAAAAUCAUACGCAGAAGAUUUCCUAAAUCAAUAUGGACAGUACCAAGCACAAAGAGAUAUUUUUAUGUCUUCUCCUUCCACUGCGACAUCCGGCGGCAUCGUAUCAUUCCACGACCUCAUCGAUUUCGUCGCACAUUGUUCAGACUGUUUCCCAGAAGAUACCGCAGAGUUCCCAGAGGAUCUCAAGCAGAUUUUAACUUUACACCAUGCCGAACUUGAAAGCGAAUUGCGUGAGAAGAUCGUUGGUAGUUUGGUACUAUUGCGACGAAAGGAAGUAAUUGAUUCGGCCAACCUUCUCAAUACAUUGUUUCCAAUAUUGGUAGCUACGCCUAGUAAAACACUCCGAACACUACUAUUCCAGAAGAUCCUGUCAGACCUACGAACUUCGAACUCGAAGAGCAUAAAUCAUCGUCUCAAUCGAACAAUGCAGACAGCACUGUUCAAUCUGCUCACCUCCGACCGAACAUCUUCCAAAGGAAUCUGGGCUGUCAAAAUUACGAGAGAAUUGUGGAAACGACAGAUCUGGACAGAUGCGAAAGCUGUUGAGAUUAUGAAGGAAGCUAGUUUGUCAGAUAAUGAGAAGGUUAUUGGCGGUGGAGUACGGUUUUUCUUGGGAGGUGACAAGGAAAGAGAAGAAAUGGAGGAUGAAAGCAGUGACGAAGAAGCCAUUGAUAUUGGUAAGCUGAAGCAUCAAGUUGGUAUCAACAAAAAAACAAAGAAGAAGACGAAAACGUUGGAGAAGGCCGUCGAAAAGGUACGAAGGAAGGAAAAGAAGAGCAAAGCACCCCAUCCACUGAAUUUCUCCGCCCUGCAUCUCUUGCAUGAUCCCCAAGGUUUCGCCGAAACCCUGUUUUCAAAACACCUUCAGAACUCGAAGUCGAAACUCAACCUUGAACAAAAACUGAUUGUCCUACAAUUGGUUUCGCGACUUGUUGGCUUGCACAAGCUUACUGUAAUUUCAUUAUACUCGUACUUUACCAAGUACCUCACACCACGACAACCAUCUGUAACUUCAUUUUUGGCAUCUCUAGCUCAAGCAACGCAUAAUCUUGUUCCACCCGAUGCUUUGGAGCCUUUGGUACAGAAGAUUGCCAAUGAGUUCGUCUCUGAAGCUUCUGCCUCGGAGGUCGCUGCUUCCGGACUUAAUGCUAUUCGAGAGAUUUGCGUACGACAACCAUUAGCUAUGAAUGAUACACUCCUGCAAGAUCUUAUCAUGUACAGAAAAAGUAAAGACAAGGGAACGAUGAUGGCAGCAAAAGGAUUGUUGUCCUUGUAUCGUGAGGUCGGAGCUGAUAUGUUGAAGAAGAGAGACAGAGGAAAGACAGCGACAAUGGGUCUCAAGACCGGAUUAAUCAAAGAAAGACGUUUUGGUGAGGAAGAAGCCGGCGGUAUCGAAGGUAUCGAGUUACUUGAGCAGUGGAAGGAAGACGAAAGGAAAAGGAAACGAGUUGAACGUGGAUUGCCAGAAGAAUUGGGCACGGAUGAAGAAGAGGAUGAUGAGGAAGAUUGGAAUGCUUGGGAUGUUGAAUCUGAUGCUGAUAGUGAUGAGGAUGGUUGGAUCAACGUCGAGAGCGACGGCGAAAUUGAGAUCAGUGAUAGUGAAGAUGAGAAGCCAGCCGCGAAGAAGGCGAAGCUCGAAGUCAAAGCUACCGAAAAGUCAGCGGACGGCACCGAAUUAUCAACAGAAGAUGCCGCGAAGGAGGCUACCGACAAGGCCCUUGAACAGAAGAUCUCCACAUAUGCAACCACCAAAAUUCUCACUCCAGCCGAUCUUGCAAAGCUUCAAGAGCUCCGUCUUGAGGCUAGUGUAAACAAGGCGAUGGGAGGAAGGACACAAUCUCAACGGAUGAAGGACGCAGCUGCAAGACAUGCAGAUGAUGCCUUGACAGCUGAUCAAAUUGAAGGUUUCUCGAAGUUACAAAAGAAUACAAGAGAAGAGAAGAUAGCAAUGGCUAGGGAAGGAAAGGGUGAGCGUAGCGAGCAUAAGUCUACCAAAGCUAUUAGGAGGUCGAAGAAGGAUGCCGAGGGCAAGAGUACUACCAAUCAAGAGAAAUCUCGAAAGAAGAAUUUCAUGAUGACGUUGGGCAAGGCUAAGAGUAAGCAAAAGAGAAGUUUGCAACAGACUAGGAGGGUGCUUAAAGGGCAUAUUGACAGAACUAAGAGAGGUGGAAAGAGAGGAAACAUCGGAUGUUAA